AUGCUUGUACGACAUCAAAUCAAGGAUUUAUACUUGGAAGCCCAGGAUGCGGCAAAGAAAGCACAACAACAACACCAAAAACUGCAGCAAAUGGAACAACAAAUUCAAGUGUUGCAACAGGAACUGCAGCAUGCAACUCAAGCAGCAAACCAGAAAGCAGCCCAGCAAGCAGGUAUUUCCGAACAUGAUCGAAAGCAACUCGAAGCACAAAUGAAACAAAUCGAGGACGCCACUCGACUGCUUGAAAGUGAACGUAAGACAUUCGAGGACCAACGAAAGGUUAUCGAAAACAAGCGGAAAGAGCUGGAGGAGAAAGAAAAGAAUUUAGUCGAGUUCGACAAGCAGCUUAAAAAACGAAAAGAACAAAUGGACCAGCUGGAAAAGUCUCUUCAAAAGGCUGGUGGCACUGCAGCAGCAGCAGGCGAAUUGAACAAACAGUUAACAGAAACGCAGCAACAGCUAGAUAAGAUUACAAAAGACUUCAAUGAAGCUAAAGAGGACGCUCAACGAUCGGCUGCCGAAACAGAACGAUUGCUGCAACUUGUACAAAUGACCCAAGAGGAACAAAAUCAGAAGGAAAAGACCAUUAUGGACCUUCAACAAGCUUUAAAAAAUGCUCAAGCAAAACUCAAAACAGCACAGGCACAACCCCAAGAUGCUGGACCAGCCGGUUUCCUGAAAAGUUUCUUCUAAGCAUCGUGUUAUUAAAAAUCCACUGGUUAGUUAUUCUUUUGGAAUGGAGCUGUUGGAAACAGGAAGGUCAUUUUAGAAUACAGUUCUUCAGAAGCGAAUGAUGAUGGCUUGAGCAUCUGGCACAUUCGCAUUGCAACAGUAUGGUUUUUCAAGGAAAACAAAUCAAAUAUUUUUCCUAACAUUGACUGGAUAAUGCGAAGGUUUGCAAAUCGUUCACAAGCAAUAGAACAUCUGACAACAUAAAUUGACAAAGUGCGCCAUGUUUGCGAGUAAACUGUUACAGAGACAAACUAAUACAAACAAUGCUGCCAUAUUGACUAAUUAAGUUAAAUAUUAGAUAAUGUACUUUAAAGGUGAUAUAUAUCUAAGGAUAUCGCUGAGCUCGAACAUAUGAGGAAACAAGUCGAGAAAACCAUUCUAUUGCUGUUGAAAGAAUCUUAUUAAUAUAUCAUGUUCACAAGUUAUUAGUUAGUUGAAUAAUUCUUUUUUUCAAACUACUAAUAAUUAUGAACGUUAGAAUCUUUUCCGAUUUUUGAAGAACUUCACUGUUUUGAGCAAAACAACAUUAUUGUGGAAAAAAAAAGUAUAUUUGUUGGUUUAAAACGUUGCGUAUUUUGAAUAAAAAGGUCAUAUUUGGUUGUAUCAAUAUCCAGCAAAUGGAACGCAAGAAAUAAGUUGGUGUAGCCAGCAUUCCACAUUUUCAUCGGUGUUAUAUUUUCUUAGUUUUUGCAAUAAAAACUACUAUAAUUAUGUAAAAAAUAGCUUGUUAACUAGCUAGCAUCGAUGCUGAUGCAGGCUUAAUUUGCAGUUAGUAGAAAUAGCACAAUUUUUUUUUUAAUUUUCAUCACUAUAAAAAAUCGCAAAUGGUGCCAGCAAUGGCGUCAACGCAAACUUCGUUCGAAAAUGAUAUAGACAAUAAUUUAGCAGCACACUGUAAAAUAAGAUACACGUCAUUUGAUCCUUAAAUCGAGACUUCGUAUUACUAUGAACCUUAAGGCAGAACAUUAUUUUUAAGAACCAUUUAAACACAACUCAACUAAAAAGAAAACAAACAGUAUUGCAAAUAAUGAAAACAUCAUAAAAAGCUGCUUUUUUAUUUUCACCACGCAUUUCUCCAUGUUAUCUGUUUUGAAAUGUUGUCAGAAAACCAAACAAAAUAUUCGUCGAUUUUGCACCUUAAUCUAUCGCUACAAAAUGCACCCCUACGCCAAAUUUUUAAAUGAUUAAAGAAAUAAAUUUCAACAACAAAACAUUAAUCUCUUUCCUUAAAACUCUUUGUGAGCAAAACUUAUCAAAUAAAUUUCUCCAACUUGAACACACUUGUAUCAUUUUUUUCAAUUCUAUCAAUCAAGAAAAAGAAAAGGAGACAAAAAAUCAGUAUGUAUGUACGUGAGUUGUUCAUGUCUAUCGAGAAAAUAGGUUUAGAAAUCAUUAUUAUUAUUAUUAUAAAAAGUACCGAAAAUGGAAUACUGAAAACGCAAUAUUUUCUAUGCGUAACAUACUCAACAAAGUAAAUGCAUACUUACACACAUCAACACAAAAUAUAGAGAACUUAUCAAAAAGACGAGAAACCACAUAGUUAAUGUGACAAAUCAAGAGUCUUGUUGUUACUACACUAUUUUGAUUACAUUUUUGUUGAGAAAUAGCAGUUCUACGCAAUAUGAAUUGCAUUGAGUUGAAGUUCAUUCCAAAAAUCAAGAAAAAACACAACUUGUUAUACCUAGUACGAUUAAUUGAAUCAAGCACAAAUAUAAAGAUUUAAAAGGGAUUUCAUAUUUCCAACUCUGACACAACUUUGAAUGAAUCACUAUUUUCGGUACCUUACUGUAACAUAAAUUAAUAAUACAAUUUCAGUUCAAUAAUCUCAUGACCUGAGUCUAGCUUUUAACAAUCGGUGUUGCGUCUGGCGAUACGGAAAAAAUAGAAAAAUAUAUUAUAGAACGACCAAAACCACAUGUUAUGCUAAUAAAUUACGUAAGUAAAUAUGCUGAAUUUAACUAAGUAAAUGAUAAUGCACUCGAUGAAAAUAAAGGAAAACCGUAUUUAUCGAAACGUACAGUUGCUGUUUUACUGUAAAUAACUAUUUACCAGUGAACGUAAGGAGAAGAACAAAUACAUUUUACCACAAUCAACAUUUUUUGUUGGAUUUGUACACUACAAAUUAUUGGUCACGUUUCCAACUUACUGAGUGAACAAGCUAUUCGGAAAAUUGAAUCUAAGUUCGACAGAUGUAAAUAGUAGUUUACAAAGCUGUGCGCAGAAGGUUGGAAAUAUGAGCAAAUGUUUCACAACCUUUUCCAACAAAAGUCGUGACUGACAUGCAUUAUUUUUUUCAUCCCCAGAUUCCGUAUUGAACACCUUUGUCAUACUUUCUUUGCAUUGCACUUAUGGUCAUUAUCAUCAAUGAUGAUUUGAUCAGCAUCGAUGCUAUUUAUUUAUGGUAAUCAAUCAUGUUUUGAAAUUUAUAUCAGUUUUGCAUAGGAUUUCCCUGAAUGAUUAUUGUUCAUAUGUUAAAUAUAGUAAUUAUUUGUUUUUUUUUUCUUGUAUCAAAUAAGCCCUUACAUUAUCUUUAAACACAUGCUAACUUUUUUCUGUUAUUUAGUUUUCGAUCAAAUUGAAUUUGAAAAGUGCCUUAAAAACAUCAUUGGAGCACAAAAGAUAUAGAUUUGUUUUUUUGCCAACAAAAACAAUAAUUGACUUUCCAGCUUGAAAAUAAAUAUUAUGCAGUUUAUUUUAUUAACAAGAUCAUAAUUUAAACCUAGCUGUAGAACUAUAUGAAUUUGUGUACUCUAUUCUAUUAUGACUGCUUAAAAGGGAUAUAUUGGUAUUAGUUUUUAAUAUUUAGUUCAAGUACAAUGAUCUUAACGGAGUUUCACAAAAUUUAGCAACUGUACAAUGUCUACAAAAACAUGUGUUCAUAUUUAAGUAUGGAAAAAAACUGAGAUAUUUUUUGCAAAAAUAUAAACAAAAUUCAGAUUGAUUCCUGACAUUAAAUUGAAAGCUUGAAAAAUCGAUCAGAUUAUGGUAACAUUUGCCCUGAAACCAUUAUUUUAACUUCAAAAUGAAAACUAUUUUAUGGACAUGAAACAGUAACUAAGAAACAACUCAAAACUGAAACUUGUUUCUAAUUUCCUCUAAAAACUGUGUCUUUAUGGAUCGUUUUGUUCCUAUUUUAAUCGAUUCUCAACCUUUCCUCCCCAUUCAUUAGAUCUUUUCUUUUACAUUGGAGAGUAUGCUAUAGGCCUAUUCACAAUGAUGGGAUUUUUCUACCAAAAAAAGGCCGCGUGAUCUGUAAAUAGUCUUUACAAACAAACAAAGCAUUAAUAAGUAAAUAAAACCAGCAGCUGAAUCAAUUCAAAACAAGAUUAAAAUUGUUCAAAAAUCCAUUUUUUAAAUAUUCAAAUUGAUUCUUAAAUAAAGGAAUAAUUUGCCUUAACUUGGUGAUUCGUUUUUUUUCAUUUUACAAUUGUGGUUUUCUAAAUAAAAAAAACAUCCAACUUUUCCUGUCUCUCAUUAUAAAAUCAUAUAGAAAUUGUACUAGAAAACAUUAAAAAAAAAACUUUCUUCUAGUCACUGGUAUUUACAUUUUGCUCAAUAAAGAAACGAAACAAAUCACUUACAGAACUAUCCACAAGAACUUUAUGAAAGCACGAUCCAAGGAUACAGAUAGAAAACCAAUUAACUUUUAAUCUCUAUAACUUUUCAAUACGGCGUAUCCUUGCGUCCUGUUGAAAAGUUAUUGUAGAUCUGAUGAUACGAUUGCUCCAAAUUUGUAUUGAUUAUGAUUUUGUUUAAAAUCAAUGUAACAUUUUUUUGGUUUGGAUUGGUUUUUAUCAUUUAAUAUGCACUGAAAAAUAAUCCUAAAAUAAUACUUAUUGAAAAGAAGAUAAAACCUUUACAACUAAUUGACAGCAUCAAGCAAGUGGACAGAGGACCAUAACCAAAACAACAUAAAACUAUGCAAAAUUGUUGCCACGCAAUCACCUAAUUGAGAAACAAUCAUUGUCAUUCAUAUGAUAGCCGCUGUCAUUCAAACAGACAUGAGUAUUAUGACACUAGAACUACUGAAAGUAUUACUGAACAAUGUUGGAUGCAUUGAUCAUAGUUACACAAACGAUGUGCGAGUUACAAAUUAAAUCAAAUUCAUCAUUCACGGUGCAUCAAUACGUGAAAUUAUUUCGGAUAGGAAAAAUAUUAUUGUUAGGUUUUGUCAUUUUCAUUUCGAUAAAAAUGUUUUGAAACAAUCGUAAGGCGAUUUAAUUUAUUCACAUAUCUCGAAAUCCACGAAAAUAUAUAUAUAUACAAAAAAAAACAAAACAA